AUGAUGUUUAUUCUUAUGAGUCUAAUUUUGGUGAGUCACUAAGAGUUAUUAUUAAAGGAGGAUUAAUGCACUUGUAAAUAAAUUCUGAGUUCGUUUGAUUGUAAUCAAUUAAGUAAUUGCGAUUGGAACAAUGAAACUGGAUUUUGUGAAGAUCGCAUAUAUACAGAUUCGGAUUCUUAUUGCUCAAUAAAUUCUACUAAUUGCCCAGCAGAUGGUUGUGCUUUAUACAAAGGUAUUUGUAUACCUUUCAGUGGUUGCUCUGUAUAUCAAGCAAAGACACAUGCUGAGUGUCAGAAGAUAUCUCGUAUAUGCACAGCAAAUGGUGAACAUUGUAUUUAGAUGGAAUGGAUAUGUGAUAACUAUAAAAGUCAAUUUGCUUGUGAGAUAGAUUUGGAUGGAUAUCCAUGCAUUUGGAAUAAAGAAAGCAACCUAUGCUACUAGAUAUUAAAAUGCAACGAAAUCCCAUAAUCAUACAAAACUCAUUAAGCCUGCUUUUAGGCAGGGUAAAAGAAUAAUUUAAAAUGCACUGCCAAAUAGGGGGGAGGUUGUACUGAAAUAACAGAGGAUUGCAAGAAUUUACAGGAAGUAGGGUGUGUAAUCAAAUAAAAUGGGAACUCUUGUUUUUGGAACGGAUCUUCGUGUUAAGACUACAUCUGUUCAAAUGCCCCUGCUUCUAAUACUACCCAUAAAGAAUGUUAAAGUUUUUAAAGUACAUGCACUGUAAAUAAUGAGCAGAAAGGAUGUAUGGAAAUUGCAUCUAAUUGUGAUGCAUAUCAAAAUAAGUCAUAAUGUACUUAUGCCUCUGAAGGUUUGUGUGUGUGGUCAGAAACAAUUUGUAAGGAUGGAGAUACUAAUUGCGAAUCAAAAUAAGCAUGCAAACUUUGGUUGUGUGAGAAUGCUUCAUCCACUUAUAAUACCGAUAGUUUAUGCAGAUAAUUUAAAAACGAAUGUACAGUCAAUAAUACCGAUAAUGGUUGUAUUAAGAGGUUGGAAUCAUGUUCCCAAUACUAAAAAUAACAAUAAUGUAUUAGUGUGUUGGAUGAUUCAUAAAAAUGUUUUUGGAAUGGAACUCAAUGCGUUGAUAAAACUUGUGGUAAUGCUAUUCUUUCCAAAUAUAAUGACGGUUCUUGCAGCAGAUACAUGCCAUAAUGCACUGCUGGGAACAACUAAUGUAUUCAUAGAACUUGUAACACAUAUUUAACUGAAAGUCUAUGUAGUAAAGACUAUUAGAACAAUAAAUGUAAUUGGAGUGGUCAUUGUACAAAAAGGACAUGUGAAAAUGCAAGUGAUGACUUGAGCACUCACUCUGACUGUUAACAAUGGUUGGAAGGUUGCACCAUAAAAUAGGAUCUUAAGGGAUGUUAAAACUUAGCAGAUUCCUGUGAGGCUUAUAAAAUAGAAGAUUAAUGUCGGUUUGCAGGCACUCCAAAAUUUUAGUGUUUAUGGAUAAAUAGAUCAUGUGUUAAAAAGAAUUGUUCGUAUGCUAGUCUUGAUAUAGAUAAUGAUGAGGAGUGUUUAAGUUACUCAAGAGUGUGUAUGAUUAGUGAUAAAAAAAGUGGUUGUGUAAAUCGCAAAGCAACUUGUCUAGAACUAUUGCAACAUCAAUGUUCUAUAACCAGUCAGGGUACCUUGUGUUUUUGGAAUCAGUCAUCAUCAUAAUGUGUGAUUAGAUAAUGUACUUAAGGAACCUCAAAUUCAUUCCAAGCUUGUUAGUAAUUUUUACCUACUUGUACGGUGAAUCACGAUGGUACUUAAUAUCGCGGAUGCAUAGCCAAAUCAGAUAAGUGCAGUUCUUAUACUAAUGAAUAUAUGUGCAUCGAUAGUUUGAUUGAAGGCCUAUGCAUAUGGAACAAGAAAGUUCUACCUUAUGCUUGUGAAUAGAGAUCAUGUUAGAAUUCAGAUCAAACUACAAGUGAUGAAGCAUGCAAUACUUUCUUGAGUACUUGCACAGUCAAUGCUGACCAAACUUAAUGUAUAUAACGCAAAGAAAGUUGCAACUUAUAUCUAUAGGAAUUAAAUUGCAGAAAAACUAAAUCAGGAAGCUAAUGCAUCUGGUUAAACAAUGCAUGCACAGAUAAAACUUGUGAUAAGGCUGAUAAGACAUACACUUCUCAUCAAGAAUGCCAACAGUUUAACAAGGAUUGCACUACAAAUGGAAAGGGAUGCAUUCUACUUGAUUAAUGUUCUAAAUAUACCACUAGAUCAGGAUGUGUUAUUGAUGAGAAUAAUCAAUUGUGUGCAUACUAACCUAGUUGCAACAUACUUUAAUGUAGUGAUGCUCCUUACUCUUAUUCCACAGAUGAAUAGUGUAGAACAUAUAAAUCAGAAUGCACCACUAAUGGGAAUGGUUGUGUUUUGAGAACAUAGUGUUCAUAAGCUUAUAUUUAAUAAGCCUGUGUUACUGAUUCCAAGGGUAGCAAGUGUUCAUGGAUUAACAAUAAAUGUCUUGAUUAUACUUGUUCAACUGCUCCUGUCAAUUAUGUUACUGAGCUUGAGUGUCAUAUGCAUCAACCAGGAUGCACUACAAAAUAAUAUGGAGGAUGCAUUAAAAAAGGUCGUUGCGAAGAUGCUAAAGUUUAAGAAGCUUGCACAACUGACAAAGAUGGAAAUCAAUGUAUAUUCUCGAAAAACGUAUGCAGGGAUAUAUCAUGUUCAGAUAUGCCAUACACAAAUCAUUAUGAGUGUGCUAAAUUUAAACCAUCUUGCACUUCCAAUGGAAUCACUUGCAUUCCUCAAUCUAAUUGCAAUAAAAAGAUCCAAAGUGGUUGCUUUAUGGGUUCAGAUGGACCAUGUUUAUGGAUUAAAAAUACUUGUUAUCAAUAUUCAUCCUGCACAUCUCUGAAUUUCUAAACUCAUUAAUAAUGUUAUGAAGUCAGUAAUGAAUGUACUACUGAUGGAAAUAAUUGCAUUCCAUUAGACAGAUGUGCCAAUUUAAAUGCUACCAGUUGUUUUUAGGGAACAGAUGGAAAAUGUGUGUUCAUAACCAGUAAUAAUAAAUGCUAGCUCUAUACAGGUUGUAACUCUCUCCAAUACGAAGAACAUCAAAUUUGCUAUAGUCUAAGUAACAAUUGUACAACAAAUGGAACUAAAUGUAUUGAAUUAAGCGAGUGUUCAUCUUAUACUUAAGAGAAAAGCUGCUAUUUAAAUAGAAAUCAUCAAAAAUGCUAUUAUGACACUUAAGCAAAAAAGUGUGUUGAUUUGUAAUGUUCUCAUCUAUAAUUUACUACUCAUUAAGAAUGCAAUAGGGAAUUAGAAACUUGUACAUCUGACAACAUUAAAUGUAUUAAAAUAGAUAAAUGCGAAACAUAUCAAUAACACUAUUGCAAUCUUACUCCUAGUUUGGAUGGUAAUUGCAGUUAUGAUUUGAAAGAAUAGAAAUGCAGAUUGAUUCAAUGUUAAGAAUUGUUAGAAAAUUGCUCUCAAAUAAGUAAAUGCAUAGAUAGUGGUCUGGGAUGCGUGGAUUAUUCAACAUGCGAUAAGUAUCAAACUGAGAAAGCAUGCAAAUAUGGGGGCUCUGAUGGAUAUUGCAUCUGGUAUUUAGAUAAUGGAAAAGGAAAGUGUAAAAUCAUGGCUUCAUGUCUAGAUGCUUCAUCUAGCAUAGAGGCCUGUUAAUCAAAAGCGUAGACUUGCCAAUGGACUUAAACUUUAUCCAAAAGCACUUGUGCAUAACAUACAUGUUCAUCAAAAAAAUAACAAUCUUCAUAUUGUUAACCAAUCAUAGAUUUUUCUGGUAAAUAUUACGAGAUAUGUACUAUUUCUAAUGGCCAGUGUUUUUCAGAAAAACUUUCUUCUCUUGGAGCAUCAAAUUGUUUUUCAGGUACAGCUUACACAUACACUUGGGACUCUGCCAAUUCUGUUUGUUUAAAGUGCGGAACAGUAUAUAAUAACAAAAGUAAUGAU